AUGGGAAAGAAGAACAUGUCUCCCCCAAUGGCGCAUCGUUCCCCAACGCCUAUUCUGCAGCCCACUCCGCUGCCGGAGCUCACUUCCAGUCUCCUGUCAGAUGACGCCGACUCUACAUCGAAUCCCUCAGCCUCUGUGACGCAGUGCCCAUGUUGCGCCUCGCCCGUUAUUCCAGAUCUAGCCACGUUGGCCGAGACUAUUCCAGACCGGGAACUCAAUAUGUCCACCACGCUCGAAGACCAGUUCCUAAACACACUGAGGAUCCAGCCAGGGGCCGAAUCCACGGCUGAAGCGGUAGCAAUCGUACCCCAAGACUGGCAGGCCGCAGGGGACCGGUCGUUAAUCAGCUUGCUUUGCCACCGAGCUUUCAACGCCUUCCGAAACCAGGCAGCCAUUCGAACUUUCGGUAUAUACUACUAUGGAGACUUCGGCCCUGGGGACACCUUGACUGCUGUUUCUCGAACGGUAGUGCGGGGAAGAUUGACAUGGCUGGAGGCAACAGUGACCCGAGAUAGUGUGCUGGUGGCCAUCGCAACCGCCUUGUACGACGAUCUAUAG